UUUAUAGGGAAAAGGAAAACGAAGUUAUCGUUAGUAGCUUGUAGCCUAGCUAGGUAACCCCAAAACAGACAAAGCUAGCAGGCGAACACUCAGCGCUCACAGUUAAUGGGUAUAUGGCUAAUUUACUAGAGCUGUUAAACACAAUCGGAUCAAAUGGUUUGUGAGACUCUGCAGCCAUGGGUGACAUGAAAACCCCAGAUUUUGAUGAUCUUCUGGCAGCCUUUGACAUCCCAGAUGCCACAGGAUUGGAUGCCAAAGAUCCCAUCCAGGGGAGCCAUGAGGAGCCAGAAAGUCAGCCGAAACACACUGGGAUAUGCCUGGAUGACAGCUUAUUGAGCAGUCAAGCUGUCACGACAGAUAUCCCUGCUGUAAGUGUUAUUGUGAAAAACACAAGCCGACAGGAGUCGUUGGAAGGUUUCAGUGACAGGCUUCACUCAGGAUCAGCUUUGCAAAAUGGAUUCAGGGGACAAGACACCUCCACCGAAUCUGCUGAGACAGCAAAUGCUGGCUUCUCCAAAUCAUUUGUCUCUCCUUUGAAUGGAGAGAGUUCAAGAGAACUUCCCGGAAAGGCACCAAUUCAGCAUAAACCUGAUGGAACACCAGUAUUUUCAGAAUCACUUUCGCAUUUUAGCCCUGUCUCCAGUCCUGAAACUGAAGACACUCGGUGUAGUAGAGAUGAAAAGCAUCCACAAGAGAGACCCUGCUUCCCUGAAGCUUCACUUUUGGAGGAACCUCCAAUCCCCGACAAUCCAAAGACCAUGGACCUCUGUGUGUUUGAUAACUGUCAAAAUGACUCUGAUAUUCCCAAGAAUACACAAAGAAGUACAGCAGAAAGUAGUAAAAGUGAAGAGUUCUCGGACAUCUGUGUCAGUGACAAAACGGAGAAAACAGCUAGAACACACAGUGCAUUUCCUCCACCAAGCAGUAACCAGAACUUUAUUGAAACAAACUGUAAUUCAGGAACCACAAUGGACGUUCCCACCUCUUAUCCACAUGUCAAAUCUCAGACAUCUAAAUUUUCAUCUUGUCUUGAAGCCCUGGUGGCUCUGAAUUCAAGAAAAGAUCCCAGUGAACAGAUUAUCCCCAGAGACUCAGGAGUUCAGAAUGAUUGCAUGAAGGCCAGCCCCAAGGUGCCCAUAUCUCCUCGAAGCCCCAGAAGCCCACUUGAAGCAGUGAAACGGUUAAUGAAACCUUCUGAUAGCCCUGUGAGCAUAUGCAGUGACAGUAGCGGCAAAGCAUCCCCAGCAGUGGCAUCUGGAUCACCCCCAGCUAUACCCAGGGUCAGAAUUAAGACCAUUAAAACUACAACUGGGCAGAUCAAGCGCACUGUCACCAGUGUGCUGCCAGAUUCAGAAACUGACGAAAUUCAUUCAGCUUAUGAAUCGUCUCCAUCGAUGAGCAUGAUUAGUGAAGAUUCUUACUCUAAUGUGUCUCCUCACCAGUCUCAAACGGUUGACAAUAUUGUUGGGAUACAGACUAAAGGUAACCCAGCUAGUACACCUUUACCAAAAGUUUUACACAGAAAGUCUGAGGAACACUCCAGGAGGUCAGGUAUAUCACAGUCCGCAACAGUAUUCCAUAGUACUAGUGGUUCUAUGAAAAGAUCUGUUGCACAUCAGGUGCAGAAACCAAAGAGAGCAUCAGCCUCAACAGGUCAUACUACUAGCACAAACUUUCUUCCAAAAGCAAUGCACUUAGCUAGUCUAAACCUCGUUCCUCACAGUGUUGCUGCUUCUGUAGCUGCACGGUCCACCUCCCAUCAACAGAGUCAACACACACUCUCCUCGACAGUGUACAGUACUGUCCCAUUAGUGCAUCAGGUCAAAACAACCAAUUCUUAUCCUCGUACGUCUGUUUCUAACUCAGCUGCAGGAACCUUAAACAAACUGUUGAACAAUACCAAACCUGUGCCUACAUAUGUGCCCAACUUGAGCCCCCCUCCAGAGAGCAAUAUCGACCUUCCACCACAAGGAUACCACUGCCUCGAGUGUGGGGACUCCUUUGGAGUGGAGAGGAGUCUUACGUACCAUUACAGCAGGAGGAGUGUUCACAUCGAAGUAGGAUGUACGCACUGUGCAAAGACGAUGGUGUUCUUCAACAGGUGUGCCUUCUUGGCACAUGCACGGGAGCACAAGAGCAAUGGCAUGGUGAUGCAGUGUGCACAUCUCCAUUUGAAGCCCAUAUCGGAGGAACAAAUGUUUGUACCUCUGAGCAGUGAACCAGUGAAGGUGCGCUCUUGCACCUCACCGUUACCCUCGCCGAAAAAUGAACCUGUCCUGCCCUUAUACCCCGACAGUGUUAUUCGCCACCGACUCCGUUGCCUGGAGUGUAACAAGCAGUUACCUGACUACAAAGCACUUGCAGGCCAUUACCAGAAGCCAUCUGAAGAUGUGGAAGGAUUGGUUUGUAAAAUGUGCUCAAUGUUGUUACCCAACAAGUGCAGCUUCAGAGCUCACCAACGCAUUCAUACACAUAAAUCACCUUACUGCUGUCCUGAGUGUGGUGCCCUGAGUCGAUCUAAAGACAUACAGAAGCAUGUCAAGGAAAACUGCCUGCACUACGCUCGCAAGGCUUGGUACAAGUGUCUUCACUGUGAUGUGGUUUUCAGGACCCUUCAAGGACAGAAGACUCACAUUGAAGAGAAACACUGUGAAGUCUUUUACAAGUGCUCCAUUUGUCCAGUUGCCUUCAAGACCUCUGACAGCUGUGAAGUGCAUUUAAAAAACGAACACGGUGCUAGCAAAAUAUCUCCUCAUUUAAUCUUUCGGUGUUCAUGUGAGACAGUUUUCAAGAAAAAGCAGUUAUUGUUUCAACAUUUCGACCAGGACGCCAAUAAGCGUGUUACUUGUGUAUUCAAGUGUCCAGAAUGCAACUCGGUCUUUCCACAAAAGCAGCUGUUGAUUCAGCACUUCAAGAGUGUGCAUGUGGGAAACGUGACAGCAGAGGCAGAGCAGAGCAGUAAAGAAACAGACAAGACUGAUUGGCACCAGGAUUCUCAUUCAGUUCAACAACAGAAGCGACACCAUCCUGUUAAACUUACAGAUAGUUCCAGGAAGAAGCCUGAGCAGGACAGCAGGCCUCAUGUAAAGCCCACUGGCUGGACAUGUGGCAAGUGUCUCCAGUGGUUUACUGAACGAGAGUCCUACGUUUCUCAUGUGAAGACCAGCCACAACAAGUCAGUGAAGAAGUAUCCGUGCCGACAUUGUGAGCAAUCUUUCACUUCUGCAGCCACUCUGAGGAGACACAUUCGCAGUGACCAUGAUGGGAAAAAGAGAAUUUACACUUGUUGGUAUUGCACAGAUACCAAGAAAACGUUCACAACAAGUGUGACAUUGAAGAACCACAUCAGUCUUAUGCAUGGAAUUAAAAACCCUGAUCUUGGCCAAAUACCAAAAACAUCUAUCCAGGAAAUCAAAAGAGCAAGGGGAAAGGGGCUUGUAUCGGCAAUACCUGCAGCGGGCACACAGGCGGAGGGGCAGGAUCGUGCUGGUGGCCUCGAGGCUCCGUCAGCUAAGCGUCUGAAAACUCAGUUCCGCUGUUCAAAGUGCGGUUUCAUCACAGACAACAGUGCACAGUUCCAGCAGCAUAUACCUCAGCAUAAAACUGAUGAAAACACUCCUCAGUGCCUUCACUGUGGCCUGUGUUUCACAUCUGUGCUGUCUCUCAAUAGACAUCUUUUCAUUGUGCACAAAAUCAAAGAUCCCGAGGAAGAGGAGAAACAAAAAGAAGAAGAGCAGGAGGCACACAUUAGGGAGGAGAAGCGGGAGAAGAAGUGGGAGAAGAAGCAGGAUAAUCAACAACCAGUUAGGUCAGCAGAGACCGAUGAGGUAACUGACUUGUUACCGGAGCUAAAUAAAUUUGAGCCCUCACAGGCAGAAGAGCCAGAAAGUCCUCACGGUACCAAGACCACAGGCUGUAAUUUAAAACGGAGCUCUCAGACACAAGCAGUCUCUCUGCGGUAGUAAGAGCCACCUCAGCUCCUCUUUAAAGCUGCUUAAAUAUCUUCAGUUUUCAUAUGAAAGCAACAGAGGAUGCUUGAAGGGUUUUUUUGUUUUUUUUCAUUGAGGUCUUUUGUUUUUGGCAAGGGGACGCCUUUUCAUUUGGACAUUUCUGUCAAAUUAUUUAAAGGCAGUGCAGUAUGUUGAUGCAAAUCCAUAAUAUUUCAUACAGAACAGUGUUUGCAUAGUAAUUUUUUAUUUAACCUUGCAUGUUGUUAAUGUACUAUUCUUACCUUUUAGACAUAACUGCACUCAUACUACAGCUGAAAUAUUCCUUUUUUUUCUCAAAUGUUCCAUCCACCCUGAAAGGAGACUCAGGAAUGUCUGUUUGUUUUAAGGUCUGGUAUUAAUUAAUAUAAAAGUGAAGGGUGGGGGGGAUAUUUACCUUUGUAAUCAAUGAUAAUUUAAAUUGCUUAAAUUUUGUUUGAAGUAUUUAAUGCUACACACUAUGACUUGAAUGGGAUUCAGGUUGCAGUGCAAAUCUUGAAAUUUAGUCACCAUUUAUCUUAAAACAUAGUAUAGUUCAAUAUUCAUGCAUGUCUUAUCCCAGAUCUGGCCUAUUUUUUAUUAUUUUAUUUUAUUUUAUUUUUUGAGUAUUUGGGGAAAACAGAGGUAUUACAUGUGUGCUGCAGCAGUAUUGAAAAUACCUCAGAUUUCCAGAAGUGUAUUUUUCUGACAAGGAACAGUCAACAUUGUGUCAAAUCAGGGUACAUUGUUUUGGAUAAUCCAGAGCAGAUGUGAGACUCAAGUUACCAGGUUCUGUUUUAUACAGCAGGACCUCCGAACAUGAAAUCAUUCGAAGUAAUACUAAUAAGAUCAGAGGACUUAAUGCAUGAAUAAAUACGUGAUGACAUCAGAGAAAAAAUAUUUCUUAGAUCAGUGCUUCUAAAGGUGGAUCCUUGCUUUUUGCAGGUUCUGAUUUGUGAAGCAGCACUUCUUGUUUUGUAUUGACUACAUGACAGUUCCUACCUCCGUGGUAAAUGGCAGUGAUUGUUAAUAAAGGCUUUGAGAAGUUGCAGUUAAUCUCAGUGCAAUGUAAAGAUUAGUUUAUUAAAAUGUAUUAUCCCGCUUUAUUAAAUUUUAUAAAUUAUUUUGGGAAUGAUAUCGAGGCUUUAAGGUCAUAUUGACUUACCUGACAAGUGAACUUUUCUACGAAAGUGCUAUUUGAGCUCUUUAAGAAUCUGUAAGUCCUUAAAUCACCAAACUGCAGCUGUUAAACUGCAAAGGCUGAAAGGAAUUACUUGUUCACGAUUUGUUCUUUAUAAUGCCUGUUGAAAGAUGUUUGUACUUUUGAUACUGUGUACUGUGAGCACUUGUAUAGGAAAGUAACAUGUGUACAUACAGUAGCCAACAAAACCUGGAUUCACAGCAUUUCUUAAGCCAUUACAUCUGUUCAGCAUGCAGUGGCCCACGUGCCUUUGCUUUUAUGUUUACGUAAUGUACUUACAAAUAAAUCGGUGCAUUUAAUUAUA